AUGACCUACUCAUCCUCGGCGCUCCCUCCUCCAGCUGUCUUCCUCCACCAAGAAACCCUCCAUGCCAUCCCUUUACCUCCCCUCGCAUCAUGGUUAAUAAGCUUGCGCAAACCCGAACAUCUCGUGAGAUUGAACGACCUCCUGCAGCGAUAUAAGACCCCUCAGAGUUAUCAUAGGAUAGAUGUUAGACUUAUAGAAAGCUCAGAGCUGCCACCUGGGAGUCCGGAUAGUCAAGUCGAGGAAUUGGAAGAAGAUAGGAAAGUGAGAAGGGGGAGUAGAGAGAUUGUAGAGUUGGAUAAAGGCAAUACGUUGGAAGAGUAUUGGUCGAGUAAACAUGGGCAAGGCCAGUCAACGGAAACAGCGGAUCAUAUUCAGAAGGCGAAUGGUGAUGGAGAUGAAUCUAGGAUGGGUAAGAUUGAUGAUGUUGAAUCAGGAUCAAGGCAAAAUAUAUCGAGCCAAUCUCAUACAGACAUAUCGAUUGAACAGGAACAAUCGGACACCAAAGUCGACACAACAACGUCGUCUCUUACGCAGACAGAAGUAGCUUUGAAAGCCCUACACCUCCCACCACCACCGUCUGAACCCCCUCAAUCGCCUAUUCCAACCUAUCCCCUACCUCCAAUCGGACCCACUCGUAAAGUCCGAGAACUACGCUUAGAUCUACGUACGUUGGACGCAGCAGCCCUGUUCGCACUGGAAACUUGGCGUAGGGAAGAAUUGGGUUUGGAGAAAUUGAGUAUGGAAUUUCCAGAUUCAGUAUGGUACAAAGAUCCCACUCCCACACCUUCGCCUCCGCCCAAGUCAAUAUAUACGUCGACAGGGAGAAAGAAAGGUAGACCUAGGAAACAUCGUACACCAAUUAUCGUCGAUCCGGAGGACGAAAUGACGGACGGCUUGGGAUUACAAGUUGGAGUAGUGAAUGAAGAAGUUCGGAAUAGUAUGAUGAAUGAAGACCAGGUUAAGGGGUACGAAAAUCUGGUUAAUACCCUUGAAACAAAUCAGGAACAAGAUGGUAAUAUCGGACCUAAAGAGGAGCCUCAAAUCGCGAUAAAAGUGCCUGAUAUAUCAGAAACGUUUGGCGAAUUGGCUCAGAAAGAUGAAGAGGUGGAAAAGGAGGAUGUACUGCCGGCUGAUAUGGAUGACGGUGCCGUGCAGCCGCGUAAAGGUGAUCGUUUUGAUGACGAACCAGUACCAGUGGAUAGUGUUGAUCAUCCUCAGCCUCCGGUCGAGGCAGAAGCUGGACCAUCUCGUGGUACCCCACUAUCACCUUCACCGGAUAUACUUCUCAAUGAUAUAUUCAACGAAAAAGAAGAUGACGACCCAGAUUUCGUUCCUCCUCCUUCACCUCCCGCUAGACGUCCUAGACCUAGGAGGAAUAGGAAAUCUCAAGUAGACGAACAUGAACAGGAAGGCGAUAAAGGUACAGUGAAAUUUGAUAUGGGCGUCUUCGAAAUACCCCAGCCUGAAAGAAGGACAAAGUCGCCACAGGUUAUUCUGGAUAAGACCAGCAAAUCGAGAUCAAAAUCAAGGUCAAGGUCAAAAUCGGUUUCUGUCGAAGUCGAAAUGAUUCCCGAAAUACCGACUGAAAUUCUGCACCAGGAGAAAGUACAAGCCUGUCGGUCACCAUCGAUAGAGCUUUUACCGAACCAACCUGAACUCCCAAAGUCUACAAAGAGACCCAGACGAUCUAACACGAUGUUGGUUUCCAUACCUCAUAGAUCACCUAAGAAAGCUAGGAUAUCUAAUGAUCCGCCGGCGAUGAUACACAAGACGAGCUCGAUAGCAAGAGCAAGAUCAAGAGCAAGAUUUGUAGUAGAAAUACCUAGUAAGAAGGCUGUUCCACCGGAUAGUGAGGAUGAAGAAGAAGAGUGGGGAUUCUUGAGAUCUUUUGGUUAG